AUGAUUGUUCAUAAUGUGGACUCCUAUGUCCGAAUGAUCCGGUGCUGGGAUGACUCACGUUGUCCCGCUUCCCAAUCAGGUCUACGAGGAAUAGUGAGAGACUUGGCUGCAGUUCUCCUCACAAACAAGCCACCAGCACCACAAAUUUCGGACAUACCGAAGUGGAAGGCAGUUUUCAAAUUCGCACAAAUCCACCGCAUCUUUGACGGCAACGCUGCAUGCUGUGCUGAAUACGCAAUUUCACGGACAGCAGACAUCGCUUGCACGUGGGUGAUACGAAACACGUGUCAAAAGAUCUCCUUGAUCAACGCUGUGGCGGCCGGGGCUUAA